UCUGAUCGAUCCCUCGUUCCCUCAUAUUGCCGUCUGCUUGUUGGUUUGCUUGCUCUUAAUACCACCCUCCCUGUCCGUUCCCCCCUCCCUCUUCUACCCUUUCUCUCUCACCUCCUCGCCCAUUUCUACCACCGUCCGCCCCCCCGGAACUGCUGCGAACGACGCACGCACAUAAGCACGCACUGUCGAAUCCUCCCAACCACCACCGAACUCCAUCACCAGCGUUGGCCCUCGCUUCAGCCCCCCCGCCCCCUCCAUCCGCCGCCCACUCACACUUCGACUUUCGCCGGCGCGUCCUCAGCGUCAUCGCUUCACCACUGCCAUUUUGCCAACCUGCUUGAUUUCUUGGCCUACCAACAUCUGAAUACAUUCCAAGAAAUACAAGAUACCCCGCCUGUUUCUACUUUCCACUCCAUCCGCAUUCCCCCCUCCUUUGCGACCGUCAUGUCAACCGUUUACCGGGCAGAGCGCGAGCGCGAGCGCGAGUGGGAGACCUCUUCACAUGGCGGCCGUAGCUACACCACCGUCAAGCGCUACAAGAUUCCCGAUCGCUCCCUGGAAGAAGAUACAUAUGAGUCCGAGAUGCGCCUCGUUCAUCGCUCUCGAGAUCCCGUUCAUGAGCGUCGCGAGACCCACGAGUACCACCAUCUCGACCAUGACGACAGCCGCGACCGUGAGGUCCGGGAAUAUCGCUACACCGAGCGCGAAGUCGAGCGCUCGCCCUCACCCGUUCGCCAUGAAGUUCGCGAGUACCGCAUCGAACGCGAAGUAGAGCGCUCGCCUUCCCCUCCGAACGUGAGGGAGUAUCGCGUCGAACGCCAGUACGAUCUUGAGCCGCCACGGGAACCUUAUGGGGAACUAGAGAGGUACUCUAGGUCCACAGAGUUCUUCCGCCCCGAGCAGCCUCCACCACAGCCUAUUGUUAUUCGCAAUGAGGCACCCCAGCCCAUUAUCGUCCAGGAACCCGCCGCACAGCAAAUCAUAGUACGCCGUGAGGAGCCCGCUUACGAGCUGGUGGAGCGCAGGGAGCCUCGUCGCGAAGAGGAUUACUACUACGAGCGCAAGGUCAAGGAAAUCGAUCGAGGUCGCCGACACCAUGAUCGAUACUACGAUGAGCGCGAAUAUGGUCGUGAACGCGAUGCAUACAGUGACGAUGAAUUGGUCUACGUCCACAAGGAGAAGGACACCUGGGGUCGCGAUUCAAGUCCCGGUAGCAAACGUCAUAUCGCGGGAGGCGUCAUUGCCGGCGUUGGGGCUGCCCAGGUUCUGAGACAUCAUCGCAAGAGACAGGGAGAAGAUCCCGGUCAUGCCGUCCGUCAAGCUGUCGGUUACGGCGCUUUGGGCGCAGUGGGCGCUGAAGUCAUCAACCGGGUGCGCAACCGAUCCAGAUCAAGCUCUUACGAGCGCGACUCGAGGGGAAGGCGACACCAUAGGAGUAAAUCCCGCCACAGGAGCAGAUCAUCGUCGCGUGUCAAGAAAAUCGGUACCCUGGCUGCCGUCGCGGGCAUUGGAGCCCUGGCCUAUGCCGCUGGUCGCAAGAACAAUAAGGUGGAAAAGACCACUGUCAUUGAAGACCGUCGCAGCAGAUCUCGAAGGCGGAAAUCUUCUGUAUCUAGAUCUCGAGCUCGCUCAACGGGUUCUAGAGGUCGAUCCGCUAGUCGACCAGCCAGCGAAAGCGCCCUGGAUCCUGAACAUCGUAAUCGUCGAGCCGCCCAAGCUGGUCUUGCCACGGCUGCUGUUGCCGGCAUCGUUGAGCACCAUCGGAACAAAUCUCGCGAGCGCAAAGGGGAGAGGAGUCGCAGCCGUAUUCGCACUGGUGUUCCGAUUGCUGCUGCUGGCGUUGCUGGCGCAGCUGUCACUGGCCUGUACGAGAGGCAGAAGGCCAAGAAGGAGGCCAAGGAAUUGUCUAGAUCAAGGUCAAGGUCAAGGUCAAAGUCAAGAUCCAAGUCAGUACGCUCUGAUAGGCGACAUAGCACAGCAAGUGACGGAGGUUUAGUAGAGUACGGUGGUAGCCCAAUCUACUCUGAUCCCGCGCCCGUUCGUCGCACGCGCGAUUACGACGACCCAGCCGAUUAUAGGCACAGGCGUCGCAGCUCAUCGUCCUCGUCGAGCGGUGGGCGGCGAAGGCGGCAACGCUCUCGGUCAAGCCGCAGCCGCAGCCGAAGCAAGAGUAGGACUAGGAAAGCUGCUGAGACGGCUGCGGUCGCUGGUGUAGCUGGUUUGGCAGCUCACGAAGCGGCUAAGCGUCGCGAUCGCAAGAAGGCUGAAAAGGAGCGACAGCGACGUGAGGAAGACUCGGCCUAUUCUACGGGCAGCUAUAGUCCACCCCCUACGACAGUCGACGGUCAGGAUCCUCGUUACUUCCCCCAGACCAAUUACUUCCCACCUCCGCCCCACCAGUCCGCAGAUCCUCAAUAUCCACCAUACAACCCCGCAGACUAUCCCGCGCCGCCCCAACACAGCACAUACCCGCAACAGCACAUCGAUGGUGGCCUGCCCCCCACGGGCUACACUCCCGAACCCGGCAACCCGUACGCACACCAGGACCCCCGGUACCGGCGCCAGGAUGAUAAUGUGAGUGCUCAGCAAUAUGAACCCCUUCUCGAGCACAUGCAAGCGCGUCGCGAUCGUCUAAGACACAAGACCUCGGAGCCCAUUCGCAACGGCUACAUCCCCCACGCGAGCUCCCCCAUCCACCAAGACUUCGCCUUUCGUCCUGCCAACCACGAAUCCCCCAUCAACAACGAACUCCAGUACAGUCUCCCUUCGUCCCCUGCCACAAACCAUCGCAAGCCCCCUUCCCCCGUCGCCCCCGUCGCCGUGUCUGACGUUAAGUCCGUCAAAUUCGACCUCAACCCUCAGGAGAAAUCGCCGGACCGCGACACCUCGCGCUCGCACAGCGAGAGGGCAUCAAGCGAUGAUGAACCUCGUCGCCACAGGGACGCGCAUGAGAGAGAUUCAGACCGUCGGAGUCGGCAUCGCAGGAGGGAAGACGAGCGCGGGGGUCGUUCGCGCAGAGAUGAGUCGGCUGAUUCGGCCACGUCGGAGGGUACCAUUGAGCUCCCUCCGCGCUUCGACGAGCAGGGGAGGAGGAAGGAGGAUGAUCCGCUUGCUGACCAGUUGGAGAGCGUUUUGGCGGGGCUGUUUAGGUAGUUUCUUUUUGUGCUUUCUUGUCGUCUGUUUAGGCGGGGUGGGCUGCUUUUUUUUUAUUUAUUCUUGUCUCGAGCUGUCCCUGACUGUUUCUUGCCUUCUUUCUUUCUUUCUUCUUUAUAGGUGGUCUCUAAUCCUUUAUUUCUCUUUUUUUUUUCUUAUUUUAGCUCUCUCCCUUUCUUGGGUUCAACUUACGCAACAAGACCUGAUGAAACCUUGUUUACCGUUAAAUAGGCAAUUAGAGAAGAAGACAUAGGUACCUAGGUAUGCCUAAUAACUUAUUAUCUUUCCCCAAGCUAUAAUCCAAGCCUGCGCGUGUUUAUUUACAGCUUAGUAAUUAUAAUAUCUCAUUCUUCCUUUGCUAAUUGGGAUAAUCUUAUACUUGGUUUUUUAUUCUUGCAUUCUUGCGGGAAAACCUCAAGUAGUACAGAAUGCUGUCCAAUUUGCAGUUCGCAACGAAUCACUGUUAGGAAACCUCCUCGAUUGUAGUUUCCAUGAAAAACUUCCUGUUUCGCAAGACAUGCACAAGCAGCAGGGCGAUGGGGUGUACGUGGAUAGAUCCAACCGCGCCUAAAGGACGCAUGUAUCGGGUUUGAUCGUCAUCCAGGGUUGACUUUCCGCCCCUGAAGAAUUCGAGCGUCACAGCCGCGCGAAGCUCGUGGAAUUGUAGCGUGACGUUUUCUGCAAGAUAGAGUUCGAUGUGUUUAUACUGCAUGUGUUUCCAGUCCAGUGUAUCUUUGGCUCUGCGAAUCAUGUCCGCUUC